AUGAGCUCAGACAACAGUAACUCUUUAGUCACGAACCCUCACGAAUCUAACCCCUUACCGACCCACAAAAAGGAGAAAGCUGACUGUCUAACCUGCACGGAUGUUUUGCAAGCUGGAUCAGGUAAAAUAUUCAGCCAGAAAGAACUCAGCACACUGAGUCAAGCUGAAGAAAUAAAUGACGACUGCCUUGCUAUUCUUGGGAAAAAUCAGUUGGAUAUCAGCCAAGCACAAGCAGUUUGGACCAUCAUCACGCAGAUGUUUGGCUCGCCUAAUGAGAUUCCGGAGGAAAAACUUCGUUUGAUUGGCUGGGUCGCAGCCGGGAUCCCCGUCAACGAUUUUUAUAACCUCUCCUUCAGUGACGUUGACACUAUUGCCUCAUUCGGUCAGUUCAGAAAUCUCUCCCAAAAUCAGCUGGUUGCCCUUAAGGAUUCGAUUUUCAAUCAGUGGAGUGGGAAAGACAUCAGAGACUUAACGAACUAUGAUUUGGUCAUGUUUAGAAGCAUCAUCUGCGCCUUCAAUGCGACUGAAAUUGGUUUGAUACGUCCGGAGAGUUAUAAGAAUGCAGCAAGUGAGUUAGGAACAUUGAAGCAAGAGUGCCCAGUAGAAAUAACAAAAAGCUUAGCUCAGUUAGCAACGGAUCCCUCGGCCUUUGGUGACCCUUCCAGGUGGACUUCAACUCAGGUCGCGGCAAUUGGUUGUGUGAUGACAGGAUUGCGGACAGUUGAAGUCGUGCCAGCUAAAGCAAUGGAGGGCAUAAGCAUUGAAAUCCUUAACUGUUUACCGCCCAGGUUUCUAGAGGCAAUGUCGGUGGACCAGCUCUCGCACUUCCCAGCAGCCACCGCGAGUUCCUUGUCGAGUCUCCAGAGCAGCGCACUCUCGUACCAACAGCGAAAAGCUCUCGAUAGUGUAGCUGCCGACCUUACCUACAAUGUGCCCUCAGCCUCCGUCAAAGUUCAUCCGUUCCUCGUUUUGCCGCUGCUCGUUCCACAUUUCUUGUUUCCAAAUAUACACUUUUAG